AUGGGAUCAAAAUGGCUGACGUGAACUCUGUUGUGGAGGAAAAAGUGAAGUUUAGAGAUGGGAAAAAGUGGAAGGCCCGAUGGUGUGUACUGAAGAAACCCUCUCCCGUGGCUGAUCGUAUGCAGGUGCUGUUAUACAAAUGUGUAAAGGACGCCAUUAAGGGAGAGGGUGCCAAACAUGACUUCUACCUGGAGGACUUCUACGGCCUGGAGACUGGCUUCAGCCAAGACAAGGAGAACAAUGUCCUCGCCAUCGUCUGUCAGAAACAAAUCACAACCUUCGCUUUUGAGAGCAGAGAGACACUCAUCAAAUUUGAAGUCAAAAUUAGGACAGCUAUCGGGGAAGAGAACCAGUUCCCGUUACAUGUAUACCUCAAGAGAGUGCCUCCACAAAGCAAGCUGCCGUUGGAGAAGAUGCGGAUGCACAUCCAUGGACCAAAGUUCUGCCUCACUCAGCAUAGCCCUCCAAAAAUGGUUGCCUCCUGGGUCAUAUCAGAUCUUCGCAAGUUCGGGAAACUUGAGGGAAAGUUUGUGUUUGAGGGUGGAUCUAGAUGUGGGAAAGGAGCAGGAGUACAUGUGCUACAAAGUGACCAGGUAGAUGAUUUAGAGGAGAUUUUCCAGCUUGCGAGUCAAGGCAAGACGGUCAACUGUCGGAAAUCAAACAAACGAAGGUCCCAGAACUGUGACUACCUGGACCCCGUGACUAAGUCUAUUAGUGGAAACCUGUACAAGAACACCGUGCCCUCCUCUCCAAGCUCUUACGACAGCCGAGGCUGGCGACACUCCUUCAGCACAUCCAAUUCUGGCUGGACCACAAACUCCAACUUUGGCUACGCUGCCAACUACAACUAUAACAGCCAGCUUCGGAGUAUAGAGAAUCUAGAACGGGAGAAACUAAUGGCCCUGUAUGAUGUGCCACCCAAGCAUAUACGUAAGGUGGAGAACCCCAAAUCACCCAAACAUGAGCAUAAGGACUCGUUACAGCAAUCUCCUCGUAUGUGUGAUGAUAGAUACAAUCUGGAUCACUCGUCUUCGAGUCUAAGUCUGGCCAGCUGUGAGUCGUCCCCAACUUACCUGGGCUGUAGGGCCAGUGUGUCUGCCAGUGCUCCGGCUCUGUGUGGCUAUGGAGCCUACUCCCCAUUCAAUGACAAGUACAGAAAUAUCAGCUGUUCAGUUCCGGACCACAUCGACGAGUUAGAGGAGCUGGAACGCGAGGAAGCUCUAGAGUGCCUCCAGAGGGAAGAGAGGGGUCUUCAACAGGAAAUCUCGUUACUCGACGAAAUGCUACAGGGUUGUAAACACGAUGAUCCCAGAAGAGGAAGGAGCAAGAGGGACAGAAAUAAACCUCCACCUAUUCCUGGAAAAGUCUACAAGUCUUCGCGACGUCCAGAUAAUAUACAUCCUGCAUUUAAUAAUGGUUCUAUUUAUCAGGAUAACACAUUACUUAGUCCAAACCUUGUGUCAAAACUAAAAAGGAUACCGUCGAAUUCGAAAAUGUCUGCCCCACUACCGUAUGUGAACUUGGAGAAAUAUGAUAUUGGUGAUGUUGAUAAUAGUCAUGUACACGUGUCCUCGUCCUGUGCGGACAGUGGAACUUGGAGUGCUCCGUGUGUUCCAUCUGGUAAAAAACAUGGCACAAGACGGUCAGGUUCGAAUAAGGAAAACUUCAAGAAUUCUCCAAGGCAACUUCGAAAUAAUAUUCACUACAGAGGUAAAAGCUCUUCAGAAUCUGAACUUUCGUGUAGAUCUGUCUCAAGCGGAACCAAGGAGGAAAAUAUCUAUGCAAAUGACUUCCCAAGAAGGGAGCAAUCCCCCACCCCACCUGCACUGCCACCAAAAGGACCAGCACUUCUCAGAAAAAGUCAAAGUCGGACUGAAAAUGACCAGCCCCCACCUGUGCCCCCACACCGAUCUCGUAAACCGCCUCAAGGCGUGGUGGACCCGGCAUCCCUGUACCAGUACCCUAAGAGGGAUGGACGACAGAGCAAACGGGAAGUAUGUACUGAACCUUCAGACUCGUAUCUUUUGAUGGGUGGAUUUGAAAAACAACAAGACCUUGAACUUGAUUGUAGUCGGGAAGUUGUUCAGCUUCCAACAAGGAAGGCUAUCAACAAGUCUGAAAGACAACAACAGAACGCUGUCUCACCGCAAGGAGCAUAUAUGGAAAUGGGAAAUCUGUUUGAAAAUGAAAAUGAUUUCAAGGCCAGCCAAAGUGGUACUGUGCGUGCUGACACGAGACCACAGUAUGGCCGGUCAUAUAGUGCUUCAGAUGUACUGGACGAUGACCAGCCAAAGUCCACCAAUUUAAAUCAACCUUUCAAUGUAUCCUCCAACACUUCCCUCAUUAGGGAGGAAAAUUAUCUCUUGAUGACUAACUUCCAAAGUGAAAAGAAAAAUGAUUCUCUGGAAUUUAAACAAAGACGGCAUCACCAGUCUAUUGACUUAACAGCUGAUGGAAGUACGCUAAAUUUAACGAAGAAUAUCGCUGAUACAUCUUUCAGCAGUGACACCUCUGAUAUUGACAAUACAGCAAUACCUUUCCCUAAUCUGAUGAACUUUCAACAACAUGCAGUCACAACGACCAGUUCCAAGCCCUCUAGAAACUCCACUUGUGGGCCUCCCAGCAAUACAACUAGUAGUGUUCAGACAGACAAAGUCAGCGAAGGGUCAGGCAGGAACCCGGGUUUUCUCACGCGUCUCAUCAGGAGAAACUCCGGCAAUAGGAAAAGUAUGUCUCAGAGUCAGGAAAAUCUCCUGGCCUCCAGUUCUAGUGAAAGCUGUCUGGAGCGCAGUGUGUACCAGUCAUCCAAAGAGCCAGUACAGUUACGACGGGUUCUGUCACAAUCCAGUGACUCUUCGUCUUCGUCCUGUGGCCACCACCACAGUCCCACCCUCCCACUCAGCGACCAUCGAAGGUCCUCAAGCUUUCCUAAUCGUGCAAGUUUCUUUGAUCAAAAGCAUUCUACAAACGACAAAGUGCGAGGACUUCAUCAGGGAAAUGAAGGCAAUUAUUUCUCAGCUUUAUCGCUUGAUGAUGAAAUGCAACUUCUUGAGCGUGACAGCGAGUUUACUGGAUCUGACUCAAGUUCGCUAAAUGACAUAAGUAAAGGUGGCAGGUCUCAAUCAGGUUAUAGGGGUCCGUGUGGAAGUACGGGGAGUGAAAACGGAGAUGACGACUGUGAACAUUUAUCGGAUAAACAGGCCCAGAAGCUUUUACUCUGUUCUAAAUAUAAAAAAUAUAAGACACCAGAUUCCAUGGUGUUUACAGCACUACAAUCAGAUCCUCAGAAAUUAUUCGAGACAACCGGAUCAGAGAGUAGUAGCAGCAGUAAAACUGAUGACGAAAAACUAAUAGAACUUUUUAAACAUGGAUCAAAAUCAUCUUCAUUUGACGAUCAGCAUUUGUUCAAGGUGAAAACUCGGUGUACAAGUGAGUACAAGAAGCGGCGAAGUUUACCGACUGAUGGCAGCAAAGCUCUGUCCCCCAAGGAAGAAGCUUUAGCCAUUGUGAAACAUGUGUCGUCCCUGCCACCCUUUGUCCCUCCAAAGUUAAAACAUUACCCCUGUCCGCUAUCUCCUGUGCCAGAAAGUGUUCCCUUGGUAUGUAAUAGUGAGGAACAUCUUCCCAGUCACAAACUCUCCUGUGGACCCGACACCCCAAAACGAGGCAGUGUGGACCCUGUGUUCCAAAAGGAGUUAGCCAGGGCCACACUUAGGAUACAGCCCCCACCUCCUCUCAUCGAAGAGGAGGAAAAUGUAUGGGUCCCAAGGGACUCAACAAACUCACAAGAAGUGAAGUCUGAACCAGCUGUCGUAGAGGACCAAUUCCAGGCACUGGUUGUUGAGGUGGAGGAAGACUGUGACCAAGACGACACAAUAUCAAUGUCCUCACUCGACAGCAGCCUGCCAAGCUGUGAUGAAGGUGGCAUCCGUACAAGUCCAGCCUCGACACUGCUUCGACCCCGGUCAGGGAAGGAGUAUAAAAUGGUUGAGCGUCGUCGUCCACAUAAUGACAGCCUUAGUUCGAGUCCUGCCCAGACCCCUCAGUCUCCGUCUGGGGACACUGUGUUUACAUUUGAGUCAUGUUCACCAUCUCAGACUAGUGUUUAUAGUCGGGAACGAGAGUCCCCGAACGUGCCAAAAUUUUCCCGCACGGAUAGUUCAGUGUCAUCGCGUAUCCACGAGAGGUUCAGCCCACCCAGAACUUACAUGAACAUUGACAUGACCCCUCCCUCUUCACCACUUUAUUCUAUGUCACUACCCCCGGAACUCAUCGAACCUCAACUCAAUUACGCUGAAAUUGACCUCUCUCAUUCAUCUAAUACCAGGGCUUCUAAAAAAUCUCGUAAAGCUUCUCAGAAAUCUUUGAAAUCAAACACUAUCGAAUAUGCCAUGAUUGACAUGGAAGCUACUGUAGCUAUACAGCGGGCAGGCCGUGAACAUGUGCAAUCUCGUGAGGACAGUCUCCGUAGAGCUGAUAAAAAGUUGUCACUGAGUAACAGGGAUCAGAAACUAUCUCUCGGUGAGUCCGGACCUUCAGAGUUUGGUUCUAUAGAACACAAAGACAAUAUGGACAGGAGCCAAAAGGAUUCCUCGGACCGGAGUGCUAGGGAGUCGCCCGAGAGGAGUGUAAGCUUAAGGGAGUCGCCAGAGAGGAGGGACACUCUCUCUUCCCCGGAGGGCCCUCCAUGUAGGUCGUCUCCACUCCCUGAGGACACUCCCCUUCCUGAACGGAGAUCAAGCUACACAUCCUCCUCUUCAUCUGAAGAGGAAGAGGAAGAAGUCUAAGUGAUAUUUUUUGUGGUUUUUUUUAAUAGAGGAAAAUGAAUGAUUUACUGAACUACACUGCAACUACACCUGGAAGUGUUUGGUGCCAAAUCAGUUUUGAUCCGGUUAUACUUUGUAUAGUUUUUGUAACUAGAAGCCUCACAGAAGGAAGGCAUAUGUUUGGAUUUCAUUUUCAUCAUUUAGUGUAUAUGUAAGCAUAUUAGAUAUUUUAUGAAUGUACAUGAACAUUGUAUUUAUUCAAAUGCUGAGUGCUUUUAUGAAUACAAUUCUAAACAUAUUAUAUAGAUUGUAAUAUAUAUAUACACAAAAAUCAAACUCAAAACAAUUUUAUCUUAUAAUGACGAAGAUACAGAUGUUUAAAGGAAAUCGUUUAAAAUUGCAGGGUCACAAAUCUUGUUCUGUCUCUUCAGUAGUAUAGUUUCCUGUGCCAAGAUCUAUCCUUAGUCUGUAUAUCCUACUUGUAAUUAUUCCACACCAAAAAUAUCUUAUCAGAUGACAUGUUUGAUCAGAAGAUUUGACUCUCGUUAAUCAUCUUCGUAGAAAUUAGGAAUUAAAACAAUGGAGAUUAUCUUGUCAAUCCAGCCACCUCAGGCAUUAAAUGACCAUGAUAGAAAACAAAAAUGGAGCAAUUAACUUCUUCAUUUUGGUAGGGAAAAGAAAAUCUGUCCCUGCAACAUUGCCCAAGACUGAGGAAACCAGAUUAAUUUUGGCUGGAUUCAUGACACUUGAAUUAAGCCAUAGUUUAUUUUUUAAUUUGAUACAAUUUUUAGGAAUUAUUUAGAAAUUUUUGGAAAUAAACGUAUUUAUGUAGAAAAUUUUUUGAAAUACACAUAUUUAUGCAAGAAAGCUUAAGAUUCAGAUUCAAGUUCAAUACUUAUAUGUCUGUCUCCUGGAAAGUAGAACAUGAAUUGAAUAAGAGAGUUACAUGUAGGAUUACCAUACUAAUGUAUUGUAGUGCUUGGAUGUUAUUUAGAGUUGUGUCCAUCAUGUUGUGAUGUUUGUUUAUACACAUGUGUUGUCUAUCAUUUAUAUCUGUCUUCCAUCUUAUACAUUCAUUUGAACUGGAAGUAAGUCUCAAAAUGUUGAAUUGUUGAUGUCAAAAUUAGUGUUAAUCAGGAUGUCAAACACAGGUGCUCACAUAUAUAUAUGAAAUAAUUUUUGUGGGGUUCAUGCUAUUGUCACAUUAUGAACAUGAAACUGUCAGAAAUCUGUGGUACAAUAUACUGGUAAUGUGUAUUGUAUACGGGAUAGGGCUAAUUUUGAUCUCUCAACUUCAAAAAGUACAUUUGUACUGAAAACUUAACAACUGCAUAAAAUAUCAUACUUAUAUGAUUACUCCGGGGGAUCCCACCUUGGCAAAUAUAUGAAGUUCUCUGGUUGUGGGGUUCGAUGAAUGUUUCAUGUAUACAUUCUUGACAUAGGGCAAACAGCUGGUUGUUUUUAUAAAAUGUUAUAAUGUACAUGUAGGUCCAAACAGGGUAAUCACAAAUCAUGUACGAUAAUCUACGUCCAGAUCAAAGCCAGUAAAUAUUUUAUCAACAUCCUGUCACCAAAUGUUAUCAUAUUUGUGUAACAUGUAAUUUGUAGUGGUAAUAUGUUAACGUAUUAUAACAUCAUGUUAGGGAUUAUUAUCUGUCCUUUAAAAUACUCUUUCCGCACCUUUAAAAAAUAAUUUUAAGCUUGAUAACGAGAUCACGAAGAAAAGAAAAGAAAAAAAAACUAAAAUAUUUUUGGUUUUCUUAACGCAUCCUAAUUAAGAAGCAGCGUAGACUACUAUAUAUGAACAAUUAACAUAAAAUGUAUUUUGUGAAUAUAAUUCCGGACUGAAUUCUGUUUGAAAAAAUAUUCUUGGAUAUUUUUACCUUGUUUAAGUCAAUGCUAAGUAUUUUUUUUAAUAACUAAUAUAAUACCCUUAUGAGAAAGUGCCCCAGUUACCCGAUUGGUAGCAGACCUAUUAAAACAUAUAUAUACUAGAGUAAUACACCUGGAAUUUCAUUUCAUUUUCAAACCUGAGGAAGUUAAAGCCAUUUAUUGUGAUGUAAGGAUAGUCAGGAUUAACAAUAUCCAGAUAUCUGUUGCAUAAAUUAAAUUCAUAAGAACAAAUAUAAAUAGCUAAAUUUUCCUUGAAAUCUCUUACAGAUUGAUCUGAUCUAAACAAAUGUGUGAAAGUGAUUGUUUUUUUUUUUUUAUAAAAAUUGAAGCAAGAUAUUUCAUAGUCAUGAGCAUUCAUAUAAAAGAACUUUAUCAGCUCCAAAUACCAAAUCCUGAUUGAAUUCAAUGACUUUGUUGAAAUGCAUAUACUACCUGUUGUUUUCAAGGUUCCAAAAAUCAAAACAAUUGAAAUUUAUUGACAGAUGAGGUACAAGUAUGUGUAGUAUAUUUUACAGUACCGUAUCAAAGUUAUGUAGAUGAAAGCAUUUUCUCUUUCCAUUGAUUAUGGUUGACAACAUUUGGGUAUGAUAAUUAUUUGUCUUUUUCAUUACCAUAUAAAUCCUGAAUAAACCCCAGCCUACACAUAAGCCCCCUUCAGUCAAUCUUAUAAUAGUAAGCCUAGUGGUUCACAAAUGAACCUUCCUCCAACUUUAAUACAAAUGUAGUAAAAUUUUACGCUAUUGGAGGGGCUUAUUUGAAAAGAAAUAUGGUAAGUAUGAAGUUAAGAUCAUAAGAAGUCACAAAACGUAACUACUUGACAGGAACCAGUACAUUGUCUUCCUUUCAUUGUAUUGACAAUGAAAAAGUUGCAAUAUUUUUCUUCCUCCCAAAAUGACCAAACUUGAAAUAUAUGGUAUACAGUGUGAUAUGAAAAAAAAUGACCAAAAAUUGUAUGAUUGAUUUUUUUUUUUUAAUGAUUUUACAUAAAUUUUUACAAAGUUUCUUACUUUUUAUAUUUUAUCAAUUUACCUGUAGUUUGUCGUAUUUACAUUUGAGGGUGUGUCUUCUAUUUAUGUAACUGUGUAUGCUAUAACUGUUAUUGGCUCAAGGCAUUCUAGAUAUUAGCAGCAAAAAUGUCCAAAACCAGUUGUAGUCUUUAACCUAAUACGUUUUGCAGUUUUAUAGAAGUAUCAAAACUUAGAAAUCUGUGUGUGCAUUUAAAACAUUAUAAAAGCUGUACAAGGCACAAUGAAGUAGUCUUAUGUCCGGAUGUUGCACGAGUGAAAGGAACUUCAAGAAUUCAAUCCUGGCAUAUCAAAUUGGACCAAAACUUACAUUACCAGACUUUAUUGAUACAGAAUGUGCCAAGAAUGAGGAUUUAUUUUCAUAUUGUGUACAAUAAAAGGUAUACUGUAGAUGAUGUGGCUGCCUUGCCACAUAUUUUCCCAGGACCCUGACAACAGACACGCGUCAGCAUCCAUCAAGUCUUGGCCUACAUCAUCUGUGGUUGUCAAUAUGUUGUCAUGAUCAUCUUGUGUGAAAAAACCGGUGUCCAUUUUGAAAAGGCAUUCACAUCAUUGGCAGAUUUCCCAGCAGACUACCGGAUUUUGUGCCAGUCUAUCUACUUGUAUAUACCACAUCGCUAUGGUGUACGUGUGUGCUUGUGCUGACAAUGCAUGUGCUUCAUAAUAUACAGGUGCUUUGUAUGUCCAUCAUAGAUCAUUGUGGUUUCAUACAGCAUGCUAUGUCUCUUUGUUUUCCACUGUAAAAUGCAUUUUAAACAAUGCUGUUAUUUAUAUUGAAAAAGUUUGCACAGGUAUGUCGAAAUAUUUUCCUGAGCGAAGGUAUCGUAUACUACACAGGGAUUUGGCACAAAUUUACAAUCCAUUAUCCAUAUAUGUAUUAUAUGAAAAGUGUUGAAAAUUUCUGCCAAGUCCCUGUGAUAUCAGAGGUUAGAUAAUGGUAUGGAUACCUCAUUCUUAUUAAAGUGAGGAGAGUAUCAUUUACUACACAGGGAUUUGGCACAAAUGUCCAGUCAAUAUUACAUGGACUGAGGGUUGAAAGUGAGUGCCAAGUCCCUCUGGUAUACUACAUAAAUUUAUUGGAGAUAAACAUAACGCCAUAUUUUUACAUAAAUAAAAUCAAAAAUUAUCAAGCUAAGAAGACGUCAGUGAAAGGAUUUCAGCAGCAAAGACAGAAAUAAUUAUUACAAAAACAGUUGCUGAAUUCUAUAAUAUUACAAAGCCCUGAAACCAAAUUUGCAUACAUGUGCGAUGUAUUCAUCUAUUCAACAUUAUACACACACUGCCAAUCCACAGCAUACACCUUCUCAUCAGUAAUGAAAAAAUACCCUGCCCAUGCUUGGGUUCAAGCUAGCAACCUCUCGUUCACAAAGCAUACCACAAAGUUAAAGGGAAUUCCCACCAGCCUAAGCUGGUAAAGGGAGUUACUCUACAGUUUUAAGAUAAGCAGGUAAUGAAGUUGCGUCAAACAAGAAUAUAGCAAUAAUAGGCCAAGAUAUAUGGUGAACAGAUUACGAUUUCUCAGGACAGCAUUCUUUUCUGUUAAGUUCUAAGCCAAAAUUCAAGUGAAUAACCUUAUUGUUUACGAGAAGAAUUAAUCAUAACAAGAGUCGACAAUAGUUGGAGAUAGAGAUACAUCUCGUGUAUAAGGGUGAAAAAGAUUUACAUAUGCCACUUAACAAGAAUUUGAAAUUGAUAAUUUUAAUUUCUUGUUAAGGUAUGAGGAGGACAUAGUUAUAUCAUGUUUUAAUCACUUGAGCACAGAUUGUGACGAUUUGUCAAAAUGUCUGUCUCGGUUAUUUUCGGUAAAGGAAGAUUGACUAAUGUAUGGGAAUAGAACAGUGCAAUCAUUAUAAAUUUAAAUAAACCACAAAUUCGUGAGGAAAGUUUGAUUCAAUGAACAUUUAAUGUAUCUCAGUUUUUGUUUUUUUAUUUUAUUUGUUUUACUUUUCAUACAUAAUUAUCAACAGUAAAGAAAAAAAAAUUUCAACAUGAAAUUCAAAGGCAAUCACUGGCUUAUUUUGUAAACAGGUAAUCCCUAAAAAUUUAAGCUGAUGAGCUUGUGAACAAAGGCCUCUAGGCUAAGAUACAGGUGUCAGUAGUAUACGUAAUGGCUAUAUUAAAUAUGAUAUUAAGAAAACCGAGUAUCCUGGUCUUUUGGUCUGUCAUUGUAUCAUUAUAGAAAACUCCUAUGCCGGUCACAGGGCCUGGGAUGGAUUUAAAUUAUUGGUCCAGAGUCAGGUCUUAGGAGUAACAAUAAUUGGGCAAUGUUCUUCAUAAUACUUUGUGCUGAGAUUAACAUACAUUCCCAUUUGUCAAUCUUCUUUUCAUUUCGUGGUGAUUACCAAGGUUUAACUUUGUCUGUCCUCAGCAUACACUGUCUUGUCGUUUUAUUUAAACACUCUUGUAUCAUAUAGGCCAAACAAAUCCAUUUCAUAGUUUUUUUUCUGGAUUUGAUCAGAUUUGUAGCAGGUUUAUAGUGAUUGUCUUGAAAUACAAGACAUACCAACCCAUUUAUGAAUUUGUUUGAUAUGUAUAAAUAAAUGGUGCUUUUUAAAAUUUAUUAAAAUCUUUUUAUCUUCAGUGGAUAGAUUCUGCUUGCUCUUUUUCGCUGCCAAAAUUCUUUUGUAGAAUUAACAUAUAUAUUAUGUAGUGUUUUCAUUGCAAUUUCAUCUCUGGUCUUAAUGUAAUAUGAAUUAAACUUAUUUUAAAACAA